UUUUCUUUUGGAGACCGAAUCCUCGUUGCGCGAUAACCUAGUCGCCGUGUAAGUGUCAAAAAGUUUCGACUAAGUGAUGAUCCUACCUGAAGCAACGCUCAGGUUUCAUUCAAGACACCCCCGCGUCAGCAACAGCUGCCUUGGAGCGUGAACUGGCUAGGAGAAGGGGAAAAUAACGUUCUCAGCGAAAGGCUUGAAGAAGGACAUAAUUAACGGGCUACUUUUUGGGUUCUGUGGAAAUAUAUACAUUUUCUCUGCGAAAGCCUCGCAGGCAUAAACCGAGGUGCAAGCAAGACAGAGACACAGGCGAUCCUGGGCCGAGAUCUGAUCUCCCUUGGGGGUUGGCUACACACCCGCUUCAAGCCCAGUAAACCUUCAAAGACAGAACCGGAGUUACUCAUCGACCUGCAGUGUUUGUUCCCACUCCCCAUUCUACACUCCAUCUCCAUAUCCUUUACCCUGUUCCGGCCAGACCCUAGACCGACCACUGUUGAGAGACCCCGGUGUGGUCAUAUUUCUUCGCAAUGCGAAGAUGGCCAGCCUGCUCCCUCCCACAGGCACCUAUGUGUUCCGCCGCUUCACCCCGGAAUCGCUGGCGGAGAUUGAGAGGCGCAUGGAGAAGAACAGGCUGAAUGACGCGGAGGGAGUGGCCAGAGAGACUCUCAAGCCCCACAAAGACCUGGAGGCUGGCAAGAGCCUGCCCAUGAUCUAUGGAGAUCCUCCACCAGAAAUGCUCAAUGAUCCUCUGGAGGACCCGGACCCCUACUACAAAUCACAGAAAACAUUUGUUGUUAUCACGAAAGGGAAUACAAUCUACAGGUUCAAUGCGGAGCCUGCCCUGUACAUUCUCAGUCCCUUUAGCCCUCUUAGGAGAGGAUCUAUCAAAAUUCUCAUACAUUCAUUAUUUAGCAUAUUCAUCAUGAUCACCAUUCUAUCAAACUGUGUGUUCAUGACCAUGAGCAAACCGCCACCGUGGAGUAAAACUGUUGAGUAUGUUUUUACUGGUAUUUAUACUUUUGAGGCAACAAUCAAAAUGCUGUCGAGAGGCUUCGUUGUCGGACCUUUUACAUUCCUUCGUGAUCCAUGGAACUGGCUGGAUUUCAUGGUGAUCAGCAUGGCGUAUAUCACAGAGUUUGUUGAUCUGGGAAACGUCUCAGCCCUCAGGACGUUCCGUGUGCUUCGAGCUCUAAAAACAAUCACUGUUAUUCCUGGUUUGAAAACUAUUGUGGGAGCUCUCAUCCAGUCAGUGAAGAAGAUGGUGGAUGUGAUGAUCCUGACUGUGUUUGCCCUUGCUGUCUUCGCCCUCAUUGGCCUGCAGCUCUUCAUGGGAAACCUGCGCCAUAAGUGUGUUCGCUGGCCCCUUGUGAAUGACACUUUCAUCAACGACUUCAAUUCCACCAUGUCCUUCAACGAUACCAUGGGCUUCAACGUCACCGCCAACAGCACAUUCGAUUUCAAAGCUUAUAUCAACAAUGAAGAGAACUUCUACUAUCACGGUGGGUUAGAUCCCCUUCUUUGUGGAAACGGUUCAGAUGCUGGAAAGUGCCCUGAAGGAUUCACAUGCAUGAAGGCUGGAAGAAACCCCAACUACGGCUACACAAGCUACGACUCCUUUGGCUGGGCCUUCCUGGCUCUCUUCCGCCUCAUGACUCAGGACUACUGGGAGAACCUUUUCCAGCUGACAUUACGUGCAGCAGGGAAGACCUACAUGAUCUUCUUUGUGGUCGUCAUCUUCUUGGGUUCCUUCUACCUCAUCAACCUAAUUCUUGCUGUGGUGGCCAUGGCCUAUGAUGAACAGAAUGAAGCUACGCUGGCCGAGGCCAAGGAGAAGGAGGAGGAGUUUCAAAUGUUUCUGGAGCAACUGAAGCAACAAGAGACACAGGUGCACCUUAGUGACAGCAAGUUGACACUGUCCAGUAAAAAAGACAAAAAAGGGGAGGGAGGGUCAGAAUAUAACUUUGCUGAUGACGAGCAGAGCCUUGGUGAUGAUGGUGAUGUCAUAAAAGAUAGCAAUGGGAGAAUUGUGCCCAGAUUUGUCAUCAACAAAGCAUCAUCAGAGGAAGAGUCUGCAGCUGAGGAAACUGACAGCAAUGCAGAAAAGUCCCACGGCUCCAAACCCAGCAUGGAGUUCCUGGAACAGCCAGGCCUGACCAAGAAAACUGCUAGUGCAAUAAGUGUCUUAUCUACCGCCAUAGAAGAACUCGAAGGUGCCCAGAGACCAUGUCCUCCAGGAUGGUACAAGUUUGCUGACACAUUCCUGAAAUGGGACUGCUGUCCCCUCUGGAUCACCAUUAAAAAAUGGCUGUACUUUGUGGUGAUGGAUCCCUUUGUGGACUUGGGCAUCACAAUAUGUAUUGUCCUCAACACUCUCUUCAUGGCUAUGGAGCACUACCCAAUGAGCGAACAAUUUGAUCAUAUGCUAUCUGUCGGAAACCUGGUUUUCACAGGGAUCUUCACAGCUGAGAUGGUUUUGAAACUACUUGCUAUGGACCCAUACUACUACUUCCAGGUUGGGUGGAAUGUUUUUGACAGCAUCAUUGUCACGCUGAGUCUGGUGGAGCUGGGGCUAGCCAAUGUCCAGGGUCUUUCUGUUUUGAGGUCUUUCCGUUUGCUGCGUGUUUUCAAGCUGGCCAAGUCUUGGCCUACCCUUAACAUGCUGAUCAAGAUCAUUGGGAACUCGGUGGGCGCCCUGGGCAACCUGACCCUGGUGCUUGCUAUCAUCGUCUUCAUCUUUGCUGUGGUGGGCAUGCAGCUGUUUGGCAAGAGUUAUCAGGACUGUGUGUGUAAGAUCGCCGAGGACUGCGAGCUGCCCCGGUGGCACAUGAACGACUUCUUCCACUCCUUCCUGAUCGUGUUCCGCAUCCUGUGUGGGGAGUGGAUUGAGACCAUGUGGGACUGCAUGGAGGUGGCUGGAACGGCCAUGUGUCUUAUCGUAUUCAUGAUGGUCAUGGUAAUUGGAAAUCUGGUGGUCCUGAAUCUCUUCCUGGCCUUGCUGCUGAGUUCGUUCAGCGGGGACAAUUUGGCAGGGGGAGAGGACGAGGGGGAGAAUAACCUGCAGAUUGCCAUUGGCAGGAUCUCCAGGGGUAUUGACUGGGUGAAGGCUUUUAUCGCUGGGCAAAUCAGGCGUAUGCUGGGCAAGAAAGCCCCUGAGGGUGAUGGUGGCAAUGAAAACGAUGAAAAAAAAGAGAGCUUUGUGCUGAACCACAUGAAUUCUGGGGAGGACAACAACACAGAUUUCAAAAUGGUGGAUGGUGUUGCUGACAUUGCCCUCAACGUUCCUAUUGCUCGGGGGGAGUCUGAUUUUGAGAAUCCUGAGGAUGACGAUGAGGCCUCCUCAGAAGAAGACGAAGAAGAAGUCAGUCAUCCAAAAAAGCAUCUUGGUGCCCUUGAUGAUUCAUCAGAAUGCAGCACAGUGGACUAUGUGCCUCCAGAGCCAGAGAAAGAAGAGGAUGAAGAGGAGGAAGAGCAAGAGCCAGAGGAUCCGCAGGCCUGUUUCACAGAGGGUUGCAUCAGGCGUUGGCCUUGCCUGGAUGUGGACAUCACACAGGGCAAAGGGAAGAAAUGGUGGAACCUUCGGAGAACCUGUUUCACCAUUGUGGAACACGACUACUUUGAGACCUUCAUCAUCUUCAUGAUUCUCCUCAGCAGCGGAGCCUUGGCAUUUGAAGACAUAUACAUAGAACGCCGCAGAAACAUAAAAAUCAUCCUGGAAUAUGCAGACAAAGUCUUCACCUACGUGUUUGUUAUUGAAAUGCUGCUAAAAUGGGUGGCUUAUGGGUUUAAGACAUAUUUUACUAAUGCUUGGUGCUGGCUGGACUUCCUGAUUGUAGGUGUUUCCUUAAUCAGUUUGACAGCCAGUUUAAUGGGAUAUUCUGAUCUGGGACCCAUCAAAUCUCUGAGAACACUGAGGGCUUUGAGGCCCCUCCGAGCCCUGUCCAGAUUUGAGGGGAUGAGGGUGGUGGUGAACGCACUGGUGGGUGCGAUUCCGUCCAUCUUCAACGUGCUGCUGGUGUGCCUUAUCUUCUGGCUUAUAUUCAGCAUCAUGGGGGUUAACCUGUUUGCUGGGAAGUUUUAUCGAUGCAUCAACACCACCAGUGAGGAGGUCUUCCCUAUCAGCAUGGUCAACAACAAGAGUGACUGCAUGGCGCUCAUGUACACCAAUGAGGUGCGCUGGGUUAAUGUCAAGGUGAACUAUGACAACGUGGGCCUGGGUUACCUCUCCUUGCUGCAAGUGGCAACAUUCAAAGGUUGGAUGGACAUUAUGUAUGCGGCUGUGGAUUCACGUGAGGUUGAAGAGCAGCCUGAAUACGAGAUCAAUAUCUAUAUGUACCUGUACUUUGUCAUCUUCAUCAUCUUCGGGUCUUUCUUCACACUUAACCUUUUCAUUGGUGUUAUUAUUGACAACUUCAAUCAGCAAAAGAAAAAGUUUGGAGGGAAAGACAUCUUCAUGACAGAGGAACAGAAGAAAUACUACAAUGCGAUGAAGAAACUUGGCUCUAAGAAACCAGUAAAACCCAUUCCAAGACCGUCGAAUGAAAUCCAGGGAAAAGUAUAUGACUUCAUCAUGCAACAGUUCUUUGACAUCUUCAUCAUGGUGCUGAUCUGCCUCAACAUGGUGACCAUGAUGGUUGAAACAGAUGACCAGAGUCAAGAGAAAGAUGAAGUUCUCAAUAAAAUCAACUUGAUAUUCAUUGUGAUUUUCACUGGAGAGUGUACCCUGAAGAUGUUCGCUCUAAGACAGUAUUUCUUCACCGUUGGAUGGAAUAUUUUUGAUUUUAUUGUGGUCAUCCUCUCAGUAGUGGGUAUCAUGCUAUCGGACAUCAUAGAGAAGUACUUUGUGUCACCCACACUUUUCAGAGUCAUCAGACUGGCCAGAAUAGGACGUGUCCUACGUCUUAUCCGGGGAGCCAAGGGUAUCCGAACACUGCUGUUUGCUUUGAUGAUGUCACUUCCUGCCCUCUUCAACAUUGGUCUCCUCCUCUUUCUAAUCAUGUUCAUUUUUUCCAUCUUUGGGAUGUCCAACUUUGCAUAUGUCAAAAAACAGGCUGGGGUUGAUGACAUGUUCAGUUUUGAGACAUUUGGCAGUAGCAUUAUCUGCCUUUUUGAGAUCACCACUUCUGCUGGUUGGGAUGGGCUCCUGCUUCCCAUGCUGAACAGUGGGCCACCAGACUGUGAUCCCGAUGCAGAGAACCCAGGUUCUGAUGUCAGAGGGAAUUGUGGGAAUCCAGGUAUGGGCAUCAUAUUCUUUUGCAGCUACAUCAUCAUGUCCUUCCUUGUAGUGGUCAACAUGUACAUUGCCAUCAUCUUGGAGAACUUCAAUGUGGCCCAAGAGGAGAGCGGGGAUCCCCUCUGUGAGGAUGACUUUGAGAUGUUCUACGAGACUUGGGAGAAGUUUGAUCUAGAUGCAAGCCAGUUUCUACACUAUAACCAAGUGUCAGACUUCUGUGAUACCUUGUUGGAUCCUCUGAGGAUUCCAAAACCGAACAAGCAUAAACUGAUAGCCAUGGACCUUCCAAUGGUCUCUGGGGACAGAAUUCAUUGUCUGGACAUACUCGUUGCCCUCACAAUGGAGGUUUUGGGUGAUACAUUAGAGAUGGUUGCCAUGAAGGAGAGCAUGGAGGCAAAGUUCAUCAUGAAUAAUCCCUCCAAUUCAUCUUUUGAGCCAGUCACCACCACUCUAAGGCGCAAGGAGGAAGAGAUGGCAGCUGUUGUCAUUCAAAGGGCCUAUCGUGGACAUCUGCUGAAGAGGUCCGUCAAACAGGCCUCUUAUAUGUACCGCUCCAAGGCUGCUGUGAAGAAGGAUAAUGAUGACCCACCAGAAACAGAGGGAUUAAUUGCCAGAAAGAUGAAGGCGCUCUAUGGAAGCCAGGCUCUUGAUGAAGAGCCUGAUUUUCCAGGAGUUCCACGCUCCGUAGAACCUGGAGUAAUGUGGCCUCCACUUUCCCCUGAUGAGCCACAACAUGUGGUUCCUGUGGAAGUCACCAAUGAGGUGGUCUUGCACUCAGCCCCGUACCAUCACACCUUAACAUCAGAGAGCAACAUCAGAGAGUCUAUUGUAUAACAGACAGCACUUGGGAAAAUGCACUAUGCGUUCUCCAUUGGAAGACUGGCAGUAGUUAGUGAGUUGUUAUGAAGAGAGCCUGCAGUGUCUCCACAACACGGCUAACACCUCGCAUGGCACUAAUUGGGGAUUGCACAUAGACAAGAGAUCACAUUCUUGGGAGUGUGAUAAACAAAGAAACUGGGUUUGUUGACAGAGAUGUGAUUUUGAAGGCCUUUGUAAUUUGAUUAAUGGGAUUGGUAUUUCAAAGCCAGGUUGAGAGCAAUAUGCUGUACCUGAAACGGACUACUAAGCCGUAUAGUGUACCAAAUUAUCAGUGACGAUAUAAUUUAAGGACAUUGUACCUUUAUUAAGCAUAUGUAUCCAAAAUGCAUAUAUGGUAAGCUUUUACUAAAUAGUUUCACAAACACAUAAAGCAUUAUGUAUCCUCAAGUGCAAAUACCACCAGGUCCAGAUGGCCAGAACAACAUAUGCACAACAUGAAAAAUAAGUGCUUUCUAAUUUCUAAAUCAGCAAAACCCACUCUGCAUUCCCAUAAAAAUAGCACCUAAACAAAAAAAAAAACGAACAAAAACACAGGGAUGUAAUUGUCAACUGCAUAACCUUCUUUUUGUUCCAUUGUGAACUGUAACCUCAGAAGGCCUCGUUUUGUUUGCCCAAAUAUAAGAUGAAUCCCUGGACACUGUUUUCUACUUUUCUUGCUGUUUAAAACCCCAGAGAUAAAACCAGUCACUGUGAAGGUCAUGCCCAGGUUACAUAGUUACAAUGUUUUAUUAAUAUACUAUUCUGGUCCAUGCUGAUAGUCAUACAAAGGUAGAGUAUAUCCUUACCUGUGCUGAAUAAUUGGCACUACUGUUCUGCUAUUUCCUACAUUGGUGGCUUCCACUUUUUCCAUGGGGUAUAGAUUUGUACAACGGCUUUCAGAAGGAGGUAGAUCCUCUGGAGUUUUAAAAAAUGUCUGCAUUUUGUAUACAAUGAUUUAUUGCAGAGCUAGCAUACACAUGCUAGGUAGAUUGUCCACAUCUCUGGAAUUUUCCAUGGUUCUUCACACACAAAUGAGAUGGCUCAAAUCCUGGGCGCCUUCCUCUUGAGGUGUUCCAAGCAUGCCCACCUGGCAGGAGACCCAGGGGCAGACCCAGGGCACUGAGUGAUUAUAUCUCCCAGCUGGCCUGGGAUUGCCUUGGGAUCCCGGGAUGAAUUGGAGGAAAUCACUGGGGUGAGGGAUGUUGCCACCGUCACCCUGAAUGGUUAGAAAAUGGAUGGAUGGAUGGAUCAUCCAGAUGAAAUCCAGGCUACGGCAUUCCCACCUGUAACAGGGAUUUGCAUCGGGCAGCGCAUAAUUGAUGGUAGAGUCACCCAACACGAAAAAGAUUUAAAUAUAAGCGAUUACAGUUUCCGGGGAUAUUUCCCACCUCAGUGCUCAGUAGUGUCUUCUCAGGUGGAUCUCAUGCCUACAACCUGCCUGCUCCAGGUUCACAGCCCCCUGUGAUGUAGUUCAGCCAAUGAAAAGAUGUGACAUCUGGCUUCAUGCUUAUUGAAGGGUCUGCAUUCCAAGAGGGUGAUGCCCCUACAGGAAGUGUAUACAAAUAUCACUAGGCAAUCCAAAUUGUGGGAGAAAAGAAGUAUAAAAAAAUGUCUUCAUAUGGAGUAACACCAAGUGUGCAGAUGAAUAAUACCCAUGAUCAAUAAGCGAUCAACCAUUAUUCACUAUCUGCACAAAAACAUCAGUCAUAUGUGUAUUUUACAAAAUGUGGUAUCGUCGCCAUGUCAGUUGUAUAGCAUUCUGAUACAACAAAUAAUUGAUCAUAAUGCACUGUCAAUAAUGUUAAUAUUAUGCAAAUAUUAUAACCUCCAAUGAACGCAUUUGCAUUAUAAACACCAUGACUGUCUUAUUGUGCUAGUAUGCAGUAAAAUGAAAGAUAUAUCUGGCCUAUUUUGUCUCAGCUUGCUUUGCUAUGUCUAGAUAUGGUUCAUUAAAACCAUUGAAAAUCCCCUGUGCCAGAAGCUGAAAUAUAAUGUGGCACAUUGCCAGAUCAUUUCUGGGCAUUUCUCAAAGCUUUGCUGUUCUAUUUAUAUCAUACAGGUUCCUCUUUCUGCAGUUUGCAGCAUUGUUGCCUGACAUACACCCAGUCUUUAACACCUUUAACAUAAUUUAAAAGAUAUUUCUUUGUGUGACUUUUUUCAGGAAAAAGGUCAGCUUUUAGCUUUUACUUAUUCAAACGCAAUUCAUGGUAUGUUGUUCAUAAGCUUUCCAUGAAGAUUUAUUUGCCUUUAGUCUAUGUGAUUUUAGGGAAUAUCAUUUAGAUUAAAAGUUGCCACUUUU